UAUGUGAUCUACAGCAGUCAAAGAGGAGCAGUGGUCAUCAGGUCGAGAUCCGAAAAUCAAUCACUUCAAGACCUUCAAUUUACAUGUGUCUGCAUGAAUGAUGCCUGUUGAAUGCUAGCCUCUUGGUGACUGACCAGUUGUAAGGAAGCUGCUUCAGAAAGCCUACAGAGAUCCUCCAGACCAUCGCCUCUCAAAACCAUGGAGACCCUCCUCCGAGAGUUCUUCAAUAUCACUCCUGACCCUCCGGUCAACAUCUCUCAACGCCUCUGGGGAGUUCCAUACCUGAAACGACUGGGCCAUCUGGACGAGGCCCUCUAUCAGGACUUCUAUAGCCUGUGGGUCAUGCUCAUGGUGGUCAACAGCCUCAUGUUUGUAGUGGGCCUGUUGCUUAACAGCCUGGCCCUCUAUGUCUUCUGUACAGGCACCAGGUCCCGCACGGCGCCUGCCAUCUACACCAUCAACCUGGCUGUGGCUGACCUGUUGGUGGCGCUGUCGUUGCCGGCCCGUGUGGCUCUCUACUACAGUGGUGGCAACUGUUUGGCCUGCUCCUACGUGCACACCUUUAGCUACUUUGUCAACAUGUACUGCAGCAUCCUCUUCCUCACUAGCAUAUGUGUGGACCGCUACCUAGCUGUGGUGUGGGCAGCAGCUAGCCGCUGGAGGAGCCCAAGCAUGGCUAAGGGCAUUAGUGCUGCCAUUUGGCUUUUUGCCAUGGUGGUCACUUACUCCUUCCAGACCACGGCUCUAGAGUUCAAUGGCUCCUCUUGCUGCCAACUGACUGCGCUCUUCGCCCUCACCGUUCUGGAGUUUGUACUUCCCCUACUUGUCAUCGUCAUCUUCACGGCACGAGUGGCCUGCGCACUGACCGCUGGUCGAAGCCUCAUGCCUCAAAGCUGGGGCCGGCGUGCGCGGGCUGUGCGCCUCCUGGUGGCCGUGCUGGUGGUGUUCACCAUCUGCUUCACGCCUUUCCAUGUGCGUGAGGCCAUCGUGUAUUUCCGCCUAGGGGGCAGCAGAGAGCAGCACGUGGUGGCCUACCACACUACGGUCACCCUCAGCAGCCUCAACAGCUGUCUGGACCCUGUGGUCUACUGCUUUGUGCCCGACAACUUCCGGUCAGCCUUGAGGAGGGCGUUCCACAGGCGGGAUCCACAGAGGGGUGGAGCCGGGGAAGUGGCCGGGCCCUGCAGAACCUCUAAAGAGUCAGGCGCUGCUGUGGCCCUUGUCUACAGUGUGGCUACUCUGACACUCAACCCAUGUAACCUGCCUCCUAGAGAGCUGCCCGCUUAA